AACCCACUUUAUGCCCUGACAAGAAGAUUAGCAGAGACGUAUGAACUACGAAACGCACAAUUUCAAUACAAUCCACGCCGCAAUCCAAAGCGUGCUCUCACUCGACCUAGCAAGCCAGCCAAAAAUGAUGGUUACGACAAUGAGAACAACGACUAUAUACUACGAGUAGGAGAUGUUCUUGGUGAAGGGCAAGAACAUGGGUAUCGUAUUAUCGAUUUGCUUGGACAAGGCACAUUUGGACAGGUGGUCAAGUGUGAGAAAUUGAAAACAAAGGAGCUAUUUUCGGUAAAAGUGAUAAAAAAUAAAGCAGCAUAUCUAGCUCAAAGCAGUAUGGAGGUAGAAAUAUUGAAACAGGCAAGUAAACAAGAAACAGAUAUUUAUCUAAGCCAAAGAAUCAACCCAGACGACCAGGAUUCUAUUCUCAAGUUUGAGGAAUCGUUUACUCAUAAGAACCAUUUAUGUAUUGUUUUUGAGCUCUUGUCUGUAAACCUCUACGAACUAAUCAAGCAAAAUGGGUUCAAGGGUCUAUCUGUUGACCUUGUACGAGUCAUCACCGCGCAGUUACUUGAUACACUAACACUACUUCAACAUGCCAAGCUUAUACAUUGUGAUCUUAAACCCGAAAACAUUCUCUUAAAAAGAGUCGAUUCACCAGCUAUCAAAAUAAUCGACUUUGGGUCUGCAUGUCACGAUUCAAACAAGAUGUAUACAUAUAUACAAUCUCGCUUCUACCGUUCACCAGAAGUCCUGCUUGGUAUUCCAUAUACAUACUCAAUUGAUAUGUGGUCUCUAGGAUGUGUCGUUGCCGAACUUUUUCUUGGGAUACCUCUAUUUCCGGGGAGUUCAGAAUACAAUCAACUGACGAGAAUAACUGAGAUGCUAGGGUAUCCAUCGGCAAAAAUGAUAAGAAAAGCAAGAAAUCCUUCUCGUUUUUUUAACAAACACGAUCGUGGUAACGGAUGUUUUGAGUAUACAAUAAAAAGCAGGGAUCAGUAUACUCAAGAACAGAGAAAGAAUGAAAUGCAUAGCAAGCAAUAUUUCCCUCAUAACACAUUGGAGGACCUUAUUCUAAAUUUUAAGGGAGUUUCCCGUGCUAACCCUACCAUGAGCGAUGAGCAAAUUCAAUUAGAUAUUAUAAAGCGACAUGCUUUAAUUGAUUUCUUAAAGAAGAUUCUCGAAAUUGACCCUGAAAAGCGACUGAUGCCACAAGAGGCACGAAUGCAUCCAUUCAUUACUGGAGAG